AUGGUGAUGGAAGUAAAGGAAGACCAGAACGGCGCCGCUCAGCACGCUAUCUCCUGCAAAUCCAGUGCUUUACGAUCGCACCGCCUCGAGCCCAUCACUAAGCUGGAGGGAAAUGAGUUUCUAAAAGCUUGGGUCGACUGCUAUCGCAGUCAUUAUCGUCUGUGGACGCAGGGCGUGGUGUGCGAUGACAUCGGGCUGCAAAACUUGAUGUACGAUGUACACACGAAGCGUGGGGUGCUAACCGACUUGGACAUUUCGCGUGGCAAGAGACGGCCUGGAGUCUUCCGACCGUUAACUUACCACGACAAGAAUUCCGACAAAAGACGAGCAUACAGACAUUACUGCAAUGGCAUGAUGUCGUUCAUCUGGAUCCUAUGCUAUGCGCUGCUGAAGAGGUGCCACGACGUAAGGUACAGAGCGUUGUUGGAUGGAUGGAGUCCUCGACAUCACGAUCACCGCAGAUAUCAAAAGGCGCAGUUUACGAAUCUUGUCCUGAUCGAUAUGCGCUCUGGGACGACUCAAUCGGCCGAACAGCACAGCAUUGAUGGUCGGAUAUGGAGAGUGGUUCGCAUCCUUGUUUUGUGGUUAUCUGUGCGAAAGGGCAUGUUCGCACUGGAGGAAUUUGGUUAUAGUCCCUGGGACCACGAUCCAAAGAAGAUUUUCGACGAGUUGGAGAAGGUCAUAGGAGCGACGUGGACGUCGGGAUCUUUUGUGCCGUUGCACGGUCCGGCACCACUGAAACCUCGCUUUCGCCGAGAAUUGAACUCCUUCCUACCGCCCUGUUGGAAAAUUCGGCGAGCAGGUCAUGAUUAA